AUGUCGAAACGGCCCCAUUCACCUGACGUAUCUGGCAAGCAGAGGAAACGUGUAAGACUCUUGGACGCACGGACUAUCUCUGUCCAGUCUCCAUCCACAUCGAACCUCCCCACCUCGAUAGAUGUCGAACAGUUCACCAUCUCACGAUCAUUCGAGAUCUCCGCUCUCCAAACAGCCAUCGCCUCCUCCUCUGCAGCCUCUACCACUCGCGCGUUCCAGAGCGUGCCUAGGCACUUGAGACGCCGGGCGGCGAGCCACGAUGUACGUCGGCUACCGCAGAGGUUGAGGGAGCGAGCUAGGAUUGAGAUGGACACGGCGAAGCCGAAGAAGGGUAAACUCCCGAAGGCGGGAAAGUCUAGGCAACUUACCAGGACCGAGAACUUCGCCAAACGGCAGCGAGACAAAGCCUGGCUAGAAACACACCUCUACCAUGCAAAACGUUUCCACAUGUCGACUUUAUACGGCUACCGCCUCCCUAUCACUCCGACGCAAAAGUCUUACCGCCCCUCGUUACGCGCUGCUCGGUCUGGAAGUAUAGUACACGACUACUCGUACUGGUCUACGCUAGAGCUUCGAGGGAGGGAGGACGUGCUGAGGAAAGUGUUGGAGCGCGUUGUAGCGCCCGUUGGGGUCGGAGGGGGAGGACCCGGUGCCAAGGAGUGUAGGGAGGGAGCGAGGGUGUGGGAGGGGGCAGCGUACGAGUGCGGGAUGUGGCCUAGAGGCGCUAUUGGGCCUGUUUGGGUGCUCUGGCGGCCGCUGACCGGGAACGACCCAGAACGACAAUUAUGGAUCCGCGUACAUCCUGCUUGUUUUGCUCAGUUCCUGGGGUCGCUGCAGUGUGCGUGUGGCCAGGUGUUGGACGAACGCCGUACUCUCGCCUUUCCAUCUGCCACCCCUGUUAUCCCUGGUGCUCCUCUUCCUCUGCUCAAUACUGCUGUUCCUGCUUCCUUCCCUCCGACGACAACCCAGUCAGCUUCCACUACCGGUUCCACCGCCCCGAUUUCUCAGCCUCCUCAACCUACGCACGGUCAUCCAGCAACUCACACGCACCCCGUCGAUGAAAUUCAGAUAACAGACCUCCGGACGCAAUUACUCGCAUUCAACAUUCUGGGACCGAAGAGCACUGCCCUCCUUGCCGGAGUGCUCCAGCUGGUCAAGGGACAGAACCAGAACAAGGAGGUGUGGGAUACGAUUGGUCAGUUGGGCGGGGCAGGCGUACCGAGGGGCAUGUGUCUGGCUUUAGAGGCUUGGGAUCCGAGGUUAUCAUACCCGCCUAAGCUCGCCCACGCCAACCCAACCACUUCUAACCACGCGGCUACCCGUACUCCCCUCCCCUCCCCGUCCUUAGCCCAGUCCCAGCUUUGGGAGCCGAGCGCUCGCCAGCCUCCUGCUGCUAGUAAGCGGGAGUUGGAUGCCCGCCGAUCCUUUGAUCUCGUGCCGGGGCGGAAACUGAGGCCUGGAACAGGGGAUGCAAAGGUCCCUGUUCUCCUCGUGCAGAGGAGCGUGGCUUCCCGGCUUGCCUCCCCAUCACAUGCACAGGGGCAAGAAGAAUCCUUGCACGGCUGGACAAUUCUCCUACCUCAAGGAUGGGGGAUGCCUUUCCUCCUCUCCCUCGUAGCGCCUACCACCCCGCUAGCAGGUCAAAGAGAGAUCCAAGCGCAGGCAUUCGAGCUCUCCAACCCAUUCUUCCCGAAAGACUGGGUGGGCACUCACGCGGGAGUGAAGGAGUGGAGAGGGUGGGAGGAGGAAGAGAAGAAGGGUUGGGAAAGGAGGCCGCGCGGGAAGAGGGUGGGAGAGGAAGGCUGGUGGAGUGCGGAUUGGCGCCGUGUACUACGUUCUAGCGGAGCUGGAGGGGAUGUGCAAGGUGAACAGGGCAUACAGGGAGAAGCAGGGAUGGGGGAAACGAUCGUCACUCAGCGCGAAGAUGCCGACAUGGAAGUUGAAGCAGACCCAGCGACGACCCUGGCCCAAGAAACCGCAGAAACCGAAGUCCUAGCGCCCUGGGUGCUACGACUCCCUUCCCUCUCCACCCUUGUCCAAUCCCUUGUACGUUGUCCCCCUGGCCCAGGAGCAGGCCUCGUCCUGCACUCGCAUCUCAGUGCCCUCCGUUCCCAGCGCGGAUUACCCGACUCACUACCCUCUGGAGACCUACUGCUUCAGAGCGCACUUGUACAUGUCAGGCUCGUCCCUUGUGGACGGGGUUGCCCAGCGGAACUGACACCUAUCUACCGUCUCUCGCCCGCUGAAGCUGCUCUCUGGCGCACAGCGCUCUCCCGCUCCGCCUCUGAUCGCCUGCAAGAAACGAACGAGCUCAUUAGACUAGGGGCGACACCUCCACUCCAGAAGGAUCUCAUAGGCUAUGUCACAUCGGGUGGGUUUUCUCUCUACCGUGGAUCCGCGCACGGGCUUGCUUCAGUAGCGCUCUCAAAACUGAUCCAAGUUGGAAGGGAGGAAGUUGCCGUUGGGGAGGCAUUUAGGUGGCUCGUCAAGUUUUCCCACAGGACGGGCGGGAUUUGUUGGCCUGCUACGCUGGAACUCGUGAUUUAGCAAUACUCUACCUGCUCUGUGCCUUCAGGACGUGUUCUUUGCAACUCUUUGGAUCGUUCGCGUGUCUACCUGGCUGAAUAAGACAGCAUCGUUCCCCGCUUCAUUCAACCACCCCUUGGCCUGUACACGGUCCUCUGAAGAUCUCUCAAGAGCAACCUCCGGUCCCGUCACGCGUCAUGCGGGAUGUGCAGACACACCGCCGCAACACUGGUAAAUCCCUCGG